GUGUGUAUAUCUAUCUAGAACGAACCUAUCUCUCGUGGUACGGGUCACAGGAUCGACACAGCCCCAGUCUGUGCCUUGCUGUGGAUAAUAAUCGCCACUUACCACCUCGUCAUGCAUGGUCCGCGAUCGUUACAGUGAAGCGGUCGCGAAACUCGAAUGACGUGGGUCUAGCUAGGCUUCAGCUUCCCUGUAAACACGGCUUUCAUUUCCACAAGAUGCCCACGUAGAGGACGCAGCGUCGACGAUGUUGUCGCGGCUCAGGACGACGUUUAAAAGCCGCAAAGGCAGUACUAUUGUCAGGCCAGAUUAUGACAAGCUGAAUACUUCUAAUCUCCCGGAUAAAUUUGUGUAUUCAAGGCCUAGCUUUUUAAACAUUGACGAUGACUCUCUGGGGUCGGAUCACUCCGUCAGGGCGAUCCUCACCCCCCUCGAUCUGACAGCCCUACCCUGGAGCAGUGGGUAUGCUGAGUGCGUGAAUGGUGGCAAGUCGCGCUAUAACGAGGACCAGGCGGCUGCAAGUCAGUUCUACUUAACGUGCAGGCAACAGACCCCAAACGGUUCCGUAACAAACAACAAUAGGCCUAAGUCUCCAAGCUCGCAGUAUUCUGAGGUGAUGGUCACCUACAUGGGUAUAUUUGACGGCCACGCGGGGACGGGGGCGGCACUGACGGCAUCUCAUCUGCUGGAGACACACCUACAGGAGAAGCUGACCGAGGUGAGAGAAAGUCUGCUGGAACUUGGCGACGGGGAGAUCGUGACGUCAUUGUACCCAGCCAUCACUGCCGACAGUCUCAUCAUUGGCGCCAUGGAGGCUGCGUUCUGCUCGCUGGAUGAACAGAUGGCAAGGGAGAGAACUACGUACGCCAUUCGCGGUGGGUGCACAUCUCUCGUGGCCAUGUUUCUCCUCGAUACUUUAUACGUGGCGAAUGCAGGAGAUUGCAGGGCCAUCCUGCACGUGAACGAUGACAUCAUCCCCAUGUCCAGAGAGCUGUGUCCGGGUGCGGAGAUGCUGCGCCUACAGACAAUGGCAUUUUCCAAUCCCAGCCUUUUGCAUAACGAGUUCAGUAACAGAGCCUUCAGUCGCCGGGUGUGGAAGGAGGAUCUUGGGAAGAAGGUUCUCUGUCGGGAACCCAUGUCCCAGGGCUGGGUAUACCGGGAAGUGACGUCAGACGACAUCCGGUCGCCCCUCAUCCGAGGGGAAGGAAAGAAGUCACGCCUGAUGGACACCAUCGGUGUCUCGCGCUGUCUAGGUGACCAUGACCUUCUCGUGUUUGGCACGGACAUCAGGAUCAAACCAUUCCUCAUCCCAAAUCCAGAGGUGAAGACUUUCAACUUCAACAAGAUGUCUCUGACUGAGGAUGACGUCCUCAUCAUGGGAAGCGAUGGCUUGUGGGAUGUGAUGUCGAACGAAGACGCUGUCAGGAUCGUCAAGGCAGUUCUGCAAAAGCACACGGCACAAGACCCACUGAGGUACACAAUAGCAGCCAAAGCCCUGGUAGCCCACUCCCGGGGCAUGGUGACUGAAAAGGGCUGGCGUAUGGACGACGACGAGGACGCCUCAUUCGACGACAUCACCGCGUUUGUCAUACCCUUGCACCACACGGUCAAGAAGAUUGGUACCCGCCUCUGAUGGGAGUGGCUGGGCCAUAGAGACGUUUACAAAGAUAUGCCAGUUCUCCCGGACAGGUGGUCAACAGGAAAGUGUUCCCGAAGCUUUACAGCCAUGAAAUCCAGUCCUCCAUGAAACAGUGAUGGUGGUGGUUCAACGACGAUAGGUCGUUUUUGUCUCACAACGUUAUGCCCAUGGACGUGCCUUCUUCUAACAACAGAAAGCCUUCCACAAUGCCAAUAGCAUGCAUAUAGCUUUUAAGCAUAAUUGAGGUGCUGAAGAUGUAACAUCGGUAUUGUGCUAUUUUGGUACACAAAAAAACCUAUACCUGAGAUAACUCAGACUUAAUAUUGUGUAUACAAAUAUACCUCAUAUUCGCAUUGAAGAUAAGCGUUGGAAAAUGAGCUCAAAAGCGUGUGUGCAUCUAUUGUACGACUCAAGCCACAACGUUGUCUUCUGGUGCUUGUCACACUAUAUCCUACUUACCGAAUACACAUGGGGGUGUUAUACAGGACCUGAUACUGUGCAAUAACAGACCUGUGUAACCUUGUAUUUAUUGCUGUGGCCCUGGACAUGUCUAUACUGUCAAGAUUCAAGACUUUGUUACUGGCUGGAGGGAGUUAGACGGGAAUGAUGAAAAUCCAUGAUGGACAAUUGGUGUGUUGUAUUUUACUAACUUCAGUAACGAUUUGAAAUGUGAAUCUCACGGCGAGUUUUCAAGAUUAAAGUCGACUUGAGUGAAAGGUGCUGAGUUUAGCGGCAUCCCUACACAUCGUGACAGGACUAAACUGCUGUUCAAAGCGACCGGAGUUGGCUCACCUCCGAAAAUUGAUUAGGUAAAACUGCAGUAACGAGGUGGUGGUGGUGGUUGGGGUGGGGAAGGAAAGGGAAAGGGAAGGAAUGGGAGAAGAGAAAGGCAAAAAUAGAGGAUGUGAAAGGAUGUGGGCAGAGAAGGAGGAGGUGGAAAGAAAGAAGAAGAGGGAGAAAAGAAAAGGAGGGGAAAGAGGAGGGGAGAGAAGAGGGGAGAAGGAGAAGAAAUUAAUGUGCCAAUCAAGUUCGGUUGUAUCAAACUUUUGAUGAAAAUAUCCUUACAUUAUUAGGGAUCUUUAACUUAGAGGUACUUUGGUUAACUAACAGAUUAUUGUGCGUAUAUACGUCCGAUCAAAACUUUGUAUUUUGCACUGAAAACUAAAAAUACCCACGUAAAUUACGUCAUAAAAUGAACGUCAGGAGUAAUACAUUUGGCAAUAAUAAAUAUGACUUGCCAAACUUUCGAGUCGAGAGAACUGCUACCACUUGGUAGAUGACAGGAAGGAGAAUUUGUGGGCCAAUCAUAGGGGAAUACCCUAAUUUUAAACUUACAGUAUCAUUAGCUUUUAACAAUUUACUGUGACCCAUUUUAAUGUCAACACUUGUGUUGUGAUUGUCACUUAGUUUUCUGUGUACACGAUGCUAAAGGAAAGAUUUGUCAUCGUUCCCUAACACACUCUGUUUAACCUGGAAUAUUGCCGACAACAUGACAAAAGCAUUAACUUACACCCCACCCCACCCCCCCACCCCCCCCCCCACCCCCCCCCCCCCCCCCCACCCCCCCCCCGUGUCGCCUGCUAACUGAUGUCGCGAUGCCCCCUGUCACACAGUUUGUUACCGAACAUGCCUACUCCGAUGACGUCCACGUUUGACGUCGCCUGCUUACCGUUCCAGCGAUGUCGCGAUGCCCUGCAAACUGUUCCAGCGAUGUCACGAUGCCCUGCAAACUGUUCCAGCGAUGUCACGAUGCCCUGCAAACUGUUCCAGCGAUGUCACAGGCUAAGCAGUGCCAGCGCAUGAUCCACCAUCGGGAUACGAUGACAUGCAGCCAGACAAUACACAGAGCCGGACCACCCGAUCCUCUUUGGGACAAGCAUAGGUUACUUAAUGAGGGACAUUAGACGUUGACGAUGGAUGACGUCGAAGUAAUCGUCAACGUCGUGAAUCCACCUUCAAUAUGAAGACGGAAAUUCCAUUCCAGGAAGUCAUCGACCGACAUCAAAAGGCUGGAAGACCUAAAGUUAGACGUUUAUAUAUGUCACAAUUUAAUCCCCUUUCUGCACACGACACCAGUGCCACGAUAAUAUAACGUCAACCCAAGAGAUCAUCCACCGAAAUAGGUUCCAUUGGGCGUAAAAGGCAAAAUAGUGGUUAAAAAUAUAUGAAUGGAUCACUGAAAAUCAGUGAUGACACCAGGUGUUCACGAAAAGGACAAGUCUCGUUCUGGGAUAAAACAGGGUUCGAUGACUACCUUUAAAUAUGAUUUUUUUGUCAUGUGCAUGUAUUAUUUAUUGUCUCUCCCGGCACCAGGUUUACAUCCGUAUAUUAAAUGUAUAUAUAAUUAUAUCAUUAUAAAACAAUACAUAGGCAUGCUUCAAUCACAUAUUUGUAAGCACAUUAUGAAAAACAAUAAAAUAUAAAUACGAA